AUGAACGUACUUCUUAUUUUUGUGCUCAUCCUAAGCUUCUUCAUGGUGUCGUCAGAAGCUCGUCGCUACCGUACCAAACUGGCCAACGAAACUCCAGAUCUUGGUGACUCGAAACCUUUCGGAACUUUCCGCAAGACUUCAUUCGAUCAUUGA